GCCGGCCAGCAGCACACACUCGCACCGCACCGAUCGACACAAGGAACACUCGCUCAGCUGCUCACUCUGUAGUCCUCAAAAAAAAAAAAAAAGAGCUGCUCACUCUGUCCCCGUUGUGAUCAUGUUCGGGCACAAGAAGCACAACCAGCCUCCUCCGCCGCCGGCCGGUGCCGGCUACCCGACCGCGUCGCCGCCGAUGCCGCAGCAGGAGCCGACGUUCAAGAUCUUCUGCCGCGCCGAUGAGGCCUACUGCCUCACUAUCCGCCAUGAGGCCGUCGUCCUCGCCCCAACUAACCCCCGCGACGAGUACCAGCACUGGUACAAGGACAUGAGGCACAGCACGCGGGUGAGCGACGCGGAGGGCCACCCGGCGUUCGCGCUGGUGAACAAGGCCACCGGGCUGGCCGUCAAGCACUCGCUCGGCCAGUCCCACCCCGUCAAGCUCAUCCCCUACAACCCGGAGUACCUGGACGAGUCGGUGCUAUGGACGGAGAGCAACGACGUCGGCAAGGGCUUCCGCUGCAUCCGCAUGGUCAACAACCUCAACCUCAGCUUCGACGCCCUCCACGGCGACAAGGACCACGGCGGCGUGCACGACGGCACCGGCGUCGUGCUCUGGGAGUUCUGCAAGGGAGAGAACCAGAGCUGGAAGAUCCUGCCGUGGGGCGCUGACGGCGGGUACGGGUACGGGUACGGCGGCGGCUCGUCCGGCGGCCAGGAUCCGUACGCGCCUCCGCCUGCGUAUGGAGGAGGCUACCGGCCCCCGCCGGCCGGCGCGGAGGCCUACCCACCGCCGCAUGCCCACGGUGCAGAUGCGUACGCGCCGCCCGGUGCAGGGUAUGGGUACGGCAACCUGCACCGCGCGCUGGCGUCCGAGUCCACCGUGCGCGUCAUGUGCGCGGCCGGCGAGGACUACAGCCUCACCGUGAGGAACGGCACCGUGUGCCUCGCGCCCACCAACCCCAGAGACGAAUUCCAGCACUGGGUGAAGGACAUGAGGUACAGCACCAAGAUCAAGGACGAGGAGGGCUACCCUGCGUUCGCCCUGGUGAACAAGAUCACAGGCGAAGCCAUCAAGCACUCCCUGGGGCAGAGCCACCCUGUGAAGCUCGUGGGUUACAACCCGGAGUACAUGGACGAGUCGGUGCUGUGGACGGAGAGCCGCGACGUGGGCAAGGGCUUCCGCUGCGUGCGCAUGGUGAACAACAUCUACCUCAACUUCGACGCGCUCCACGGCGACAAGGACCACGGCGGCGUCCACGACGGCACCGAGGUCGUGCUCUGGGAGUGGUGCAAGGGCGACAACCAGCGCUGGAAGAUCGUCCCCUGGUAGAGUGUGCCUUACUGCCGUCCGCUCCAUGCCGCGUCCGUUGUUCGCGUUCAAGUCGAGAGAAUAAACCCGGACUGCAGCGACGAUCUCAAUGUCAGUGUGCCUACUUGAUCGAGACCGGAUCGCUUCUUUCUAUGAGAAAAAAAUUCAGGAUGUUCAUGAGCUGCAGGGCGGUCUAGCUAAAUUAUCUUUUGAGUGCCGUCUGGAUCGCUAUCUUGAUCCAUGCGCAUGUGUCUUCUCCCGUCUGUGUGUGAGAGAGUGUAGUUCGUUUGCAUUUGGAAGUUUCGAAAGAAUAACAAGUAGUAUGACUGUACUGUACAUUUAUGUUUGUAAUGAACAAAUAUAUGCCUACAUAAGCCAC